CCAAGUUUGUGAAAUCAGAGCAUAAUGAGCAUUGUAGUCACCAAGUCAUCGCCGGUGUUGGUCGCCGGCCCGCCGGAGCUGGGCACACCAACCGGUAGCAUCAUUAACCUCUCAUCUUUCGAUAAGUGUUUUGCUCCUAUUCCUGUUGCGCUGCUCCUCGUCUUCGACCAGUUAAUCGACUACCCUGUUGAGACAAUCAAGCAGGCUCUGUCGCAGGCACUGGUGCUCUACCACCCUAUGGCUGGCCGUCUUGUCACCGGACCCGAUGGAGAACCCAUCCACAUCUUGUGCACUGGAGAGGGCGUCUCGUUUGUGGGCGCAUCUGCUAACUGUUCGCUAGACCAGCUCACGACGUCGCCGCUGCUGGUCGGGGACCUAGCGGUCCGCUACCCUGACGAGUAUUGCCGCCCCGGCGAUGCCAUGCUGCUGAUGCAGGUGACCGAGUUCGCCUGCGGCGGGUUCGUCGUGGGCGUGACAUGGAACCACGUCCUGGCCGACGCUGCAGGGAUGGCGCAGUUUCUGCAGGCCGUCGGGGAGCUGGCCCGUGGGAUGCCAGCGCCGUCCGUCGUGCCCGUCAGGUCCCAAGUGCUCCCCUGCCUCCCGCCGGCGAUGGUCGCCGCAGCGAGGUCUCGAAUCCGUGUCGGGACGGAGGAAAUGGCGAGCCUCGACAUCACCAUCUCAUGGAGCUUGGUCGGCCACAUCAGGGCCGAGUGCGGCGGCUCGGUAUUCGACGCAGUGGCCGCGGUGCUCUGGCAGUGCCGCACCCGUGCGGUCAUCUCCGACCCCGACACGCCGGCGCCCCUCGUAUUGGCGAGCAACAUGCGCGGGCUCGUCGGCGCCAAGCGCGGCUACUACGGCAACUGCGUCAUGCGGCAGAGGGUCCACGCGAAGGGCGGCACGGUGGCGAGCGGGGACGUCAAGGAUCUGGUGAAGCUCAUCAGGCUCGCCAAGGAGAAGAUACCGGGACUGCUCACCGGCGGCGGUGGGGAUCAGAAGCCUAAUCCUAGGUACAGCACGCUGGUUGUGACGAGCUUGAGGAAGCUUGGGUUGGACGCGGUGGACUUCGGACGAGGGCGUCCGGCGCGGGUGAUGCUGCCGCUCCGCAGCGUCGAGCGCACGGCGACAAACCCUUGCGUUGUGUGCCCGCCAUGCAUGGCGAUGGACGGCGUCAACGUCAUAUCCCUCUGCGUCAAGCCGGAGCACGCCGAUGGCUUCCUACGGGAGCUGGCCGCCAUGCACAUGCAUAUGCACGCACGUCUAUAAUUCAUGCACGCGACAAGCAUCAAGCAUGCACAUGCACCCAUACUACCAAGAAUUAAUGUCUUUCCGGUAUUGCAAAAUAAAACCGCACUUUGAAUUUUCUUACUUUCGUCAUUUAUUUAUUUUAAGCUAUAUGUAAUUUAAAUGAGAUUUGAAUAAACAUUUCAAUGU